AUGUCGCUUCUGGGAUUGCCGCCUAAUUUCUUUCAUGAAUCGAUGCUAUGUAGUAUUGGAGGGGGUUUUGGUCGCUUCUUGAAGAGGGAUAAUGCUACAGCUUGUGUAACUCGUUCGGAAGCUGCGAGAAUAUGUGUUGAAAUUGAUAUAUCUAAACCGGUGCAGAAUGCUUUCUGGCUGGGCACUCCAGGCUUGGCGCAGAGUCAUUUUCAAGAGGUAUUUUUCGAGUCGAUGCUUGUGUAUUGUUUACAUUGCCAAAAACUUGGUCAUGUCCAACAUAAUUGCCAUCGUCGUGUUCGAGUUCAGUCUAAAGAUAAGCAGGUUAUAAAUGUAGUAGAGGGGAAGACAGAACGCCCGAAACAGAAUUGGAAGGUAGUGGGGAUUCGAAAUACAGAGGCCAAGCUGACGGACCAAGAUACUGUUGGGGGAUCACAAACAAAAAACGAGGAUAAUGAGGAGAUACCAGUUAGCUCUGUAAAUGGUUCUCCCCGCUGCUCGUUGAAAUUAAUAGAUGAAGCUUUGGAAUUUGAAAUUGGUUGUAUGGCUGAGAGAGAAAUCUUGAGGUUGGGCGGACUUGAGGAGGAGGGGAUGCUUGGGAAUGACACAGUAGUUUUGGAUGGAGACCCUGAGGAAGAACUAAACGAGUUAGCAGCAAAAAAUUUUGACUCGGAUCCCAACAUGAAUGUCCUUUGA